UUGCAGUCCAAAACAAUCGAUCCAGAUAUCCGGGUUUAUAUCCGGGACUCCCUAGAUAGUAGGGAUGAAUUCCGGGCAUUCACUAAAGAAAUCAAGAGUGAGAUAGAGGAAACACUCGUUACGGGUUCACAGGGAAUGUAAGUUAUGCUCAACUUUUGAAUCAUCAACUUGCGCUGAUAUAAUGGUGGGCAUGUUAAGGUUUAGAUGGGUGGAUUGUCUCUUACGAAUUCUGGAAACAUGUAUGGCACCAGACGACGUAAAAGCCGCGUUGAAGGAAUUGCCUAAAGACUUGGAUUCUGUCUAUGCGAGAAUCCUGGAGAGCAUCGAUGGGAUGCAAAGGAUAUACAUUCAGCGAGCGAUGCACUGGCUCACAUUCUCAGCGCAGCCAUUGACAUUGAGUCAGCUUGCGGAGGCUGUCCGGAUCGAGUACGAUGUUGAUAAAUAUGGCGAG